CGUAGGCUGCCUACAAAUCACACGCCGCAAUCAUAAACUCGAGCCAUGCGCGCGCUUCAUUAUAUUAUUUUCCACACGCUAGUAAGCACACCUCGUCUCGGCUUAUCGUGAGAAUUAAACUUUUAACAUCCGAGCCGCUUGCAGAUUUCGAUUCUCCAGCACUACUCGUCGACUUUUCCUCCGAAUCGAGCCCUGCACAGAGCACCGAAAGAGCGCGUGAAGCUGGUGAGACUGCGCGCGACAACCUGAAACCGAAUCGACAGGCGCUCGCGAGAGGUUUAGGGGAAAAAAACGGUUUCAUGGAAAAGGUCCGUGGACUGUGAGGGGGUGGGGGUGGGGUGUGAGUGGGGGGCAAAGACAGUAUAAGAGAAAAUCUUCGGAUUUUCCACAAACCUGACCGGAAUAGCAGGCGACUUGAGGUUUGACAAUGUAGCUAUUGAGCUCUUUCGCAUAGCCUAAAUGGCUUCUUUGGAUUUACCGGUAUGUGGUGAGAUUGGGGCGCAGCGACCGAGACAUUUUAGCCAAACAACCGAACUAUUCCGGACGAAUUCGACUGAAAACACGGCAUCGGAUUCUGUCGAUUUAAGGCAUGUUACCUUCACCCCAGGUGUGUUUGUCCACCCUGGUGACAGUGAGCACAAUGGCUGUGCUUGACCUCUAUCUCCUGGAACAGAGCAUGCUGGGGCGUGGGAGUAGGGCUUGGCCGGCUGCAUGGGCAUGCACAGCUGUGGCGCUGGGUGACCUGGGUUUCCUUCUGGCGCUUCGCUUUGUGUCAGCUGGUGUUGCGUCUGAAGCUCGCUCGCCCCGGCGUGCUUUUGCCAGCGCUCUCUGGUUCCUGUUCCUAUCCUUGCUGGAGCUCAAGCUUUUCUUUGUGUGCCAGAACUACAGGCAUGAACGGCGGCCAGCUGACCCAUUGGCGCGCAAGACCCUCACUCUUCUGCUGUCAGUGGGGCUGCCCUCGCUCUUUCUAGUACUGACAGGAGCUGAGCAUGUAACACCAGCACACAGGAAGCAGGAGGUUCGUGCCAGGCUCCUUUGGGUGGCCCUAGACCUUCUAGAUGUGUUGGACCUGCAGGCUGGCCUGUGGGAGGAGGCCCAGAGUGGUGCAGUGGUCCCAUUAUGGGUUGAUGGUGUUGUCUUCUUCUACUGCUACGUGCUGCUGCUUCUCUUGCCCUGUGUUUCACUCACUGAGCUGGCACUCCCAGGGCUGAGGCGAGCACGCAGGGAAGCUGUGUACCCGUGGCUCAGUCUGUUUGCCAUCAAUGUGAUGACACUGGGGCUCAGGGCCGUGGGUGUACUCUGGUAUAGGGACCCAAGGAUAUCCACAGUAUUUGUGGGGAAGAAUGUACUGGCACUGGCUGUCAAGCUUAGAUCAGCUUGGGACAUGCACAGAAACGGUAGCGCUGGGGGACAAGGAGAAGGAGGUGAGGCUGGAGGGAGAAACCAGAGCUUGGGGAUGGAUGCAGGGCAAGUGGAGCAAGGGCAGGGUGGCACAAUUUCAUCCACUCGGGACAACACACUCUUGCGCACUCAUGGCCAAAGCCAUACAAGGCUGGAUCAUGCUGAUAGCUCCCUGGGACCUGCCUACAUUUCACAGGAGCUCUAGGUGGACAGAACACCACUGUGAAUAAGCAACAAUGACAGACUUACUUUUUGGUCACCAGUUAUCCUUUCAGUCUGGAUUUCGGCCAAAUACCAAGUAAUAACUAUUCUUCUGAGCACACUUUCUCUAAUUGAUGGUUGCAUUCUGUUUAAUCCUGUUUAAUUCACCAUCAUAUGAAGAGAGUCAUUUCUGCUAUCCAGUGCCUUUUCUAUGCCUGAAAAAAAUUCAUUUAACUGCAAAGAAUCACUUAGAAUGCUUUUUAUGUUUAUAAACAAAACAGCAACAUUAAUACAAAAUUUUAUUUUUUGUGCAUUUUUUUUUUUUUUUUAUGCAGAUGAUUUUUGCCUGUUCCCAACAUUCAUUUCUACCAUGUUAGUAUGCAGUGCUUUUAAUUAAAACAAAACAAGACAAAACACAGCCCUCUCAUCAUCUUUAUCCUUGCUUUCAUUAAUAGGAAUUUUCUAUGCUGGUUAAGGUGCACUCCUUUUCAUUUUUAAUAUAUGACAGUCUGCUUCCCAUCAUACACAUUCUACCCUAUUAGGCCAAAUUACACAGAAUCAGUUAUAUUUUUCAUUGUUUUGAACUAUGUCAGAGACUAAUCUUACAUAUACCAUAGCCAAUCCAUUCUUCAUAUUUUCACCGUUAGGUCUGUGAUUUCUAACAGCAAGAAAUAAACAUGCAAGAUGUAAUUUAUCUUAAAUCACAAAUGUUCAAUUUGAAUCACAAAUGUUUUUUAACUGUUUAGUAAUAUAAAUAUUAUGCAUUUUUAUACACUUUUUUCACAUUUCUGUUGAGUAAAUAUAAAGCAUGUCGAGCUUAUAAACAAUGGUAAAAAUUUUAAGUCUGUUAUUAGCUAGUCUUUUUUAAAUGCACUGAUUAUGUAAAAGAUGAAAAUGCAUGAAACAGAAACAUCAUUCACUGCUUAAUAAUUGCAAGACCCAUAAAACAAACAUGGCCGUGACAGACCAAUGGGCACUUAACACACUGAAAAAUAUAAGAUAUUUGAUCCAUUCACAUCACUAUUUUAUUUACAUUAUUACAUUUCCAGAAGGAUGUUCACAUGAUUCCAAGAGGACGGGAUUCAAUGAAUAGAAGGCAGUUUUGUUAUGAAUUAAACCCUAAGCCUGUGUGUAUAGUAGUGGAUAUUAUGUAUGCAUAGUAAGGAUUUCAAAGAAAGCAAAUUCCACAAAUGGAUAUUCAGAAGUCAGUCAUAAAUAUAGAGCUAUUCAUUAUAAAUACAUUCGGGUAAAACACUAUGGAAUUGGAGACCAAUACUAAAUACAUAAAUAUGGGACUAUUUUAAAAUGAACAAUUAUAACAGUUUAAAGUCAACUAAAAUGUAAUUUUCUCCCAAUUAAGAGACAGCGUCUUAAUCAGAAAGACUGCAUAUCUGGACUGAUUUUUUUAAAUGGAUAAAGUUAUGAAUUAAAUUUAAUGAUGCUGUAAAUGUAGCAGAUGAGUGUUCAGUCAGCUUAUGCUUUAAACCACUGGCAUGUUCUCCUUACAGAAAACCAUAACAAAUUAACAACUCCCUUGGUCUUUUAUUUUAACCUUUUUUUAAAUUGUACAUUUUAAAAUGUAAUGAAAUCACCUAAAUCCUGCCCCCACACACAUUAUGAUUUCAUGGCUUGAGUGAGGUGCAUGAGUAACUGUC